CUUCAGUGCGUCCUUAAAUGGUAUGUCGCCCUCCUUACUUUAGUUCUUGUCUUCUCCAAUUGUUUAAGCCGUGUUGUUGUGAGGUUAGCUAGCUAGUAGAGUUGGAGAUCGAAAAAUGACGUUAAGGGACGUUAAAGUGUUGGGUUUGGUGUUGUUGUUGGUUGGUUGCGGCGGAGGAGUGGCGGCGGCGAAGGAUGACUUGAAGGACAAGUGCGGGAAAGAGUCGACGAAAGUGACGGAUUGCCUGAUGUACGCGAUCGGGACGGCGGACGCGCCGAGCAAGCAGUGCUGCGACUCGGUGUCGAGCAUUAAGGAGACGGAUCCGGUGUGCCUCUGCUACGUUAUACAGCAGGUUCAUAAAGGGGAUAGCUCCGUCACCGGUCUUGGCAUUAAAGAGGACCGUUUGCUUAAGCUUCCGUCCGCGUGUAAGCUCGCCAAUGCCAGCACCACCAACUGCCCUAAACUGUUGAACCUUCCGGCGGGGUCUCCGGACGCCGCCAUCUUCACAAACGCCACAACUAGUCACGCCACUUCGACAACCCCCGGCGCAUCUCCCGGCGCCUCAUCAACGUCACAGCCGACCACCGCUGGCGGUGACUCUGCUGGGUUCAAGCACGCCCCGCAGCUCGCCGGAGUGCCCUUGUUGGCCGCUGCUGUCGCCGUCGUCCUCUGGGCAUUUCCCAGUGUGGUUUGAUGAUGUGGUGUAGCUUGCAGUACGUAGUUGGUAUUUUAAUGUUCUAAUUUUCUUUAAUUAAUCUCCAUUUCCACUUCAUGCUGUUUUGUACUUUGGAAAAUUAUCAAGAGCCUUUAUUAUUAUUAUUAUUAUUAUUA